AUGGAGUUUGGGCUGCUUAGUGAGGCAGAGGCUCGGAGCCCUGCCCUUUCCCUGUCGGACGCUGGCACUCCACACCCUCCACUACCAGACCAUGGCUGCAAGGGCCAAGAGCACAGUGACUCCGAGAAGGCCUCGGCCUCCCUGCCUGGUGGCUCCCCCGAGGACGGCUCGCUGAAGAAGAAGCAGCGACGGCAGCGCACGCACUUCACCAGCCAGCAGCUGCAGGAGCUGGAGGCCACCUUCCAGAGGAACCGCUAUCCCGACAUGAGCACGCGCGAAGAGAUCGCAGUGUGGACCAACCUCACCGAGGCCCGCGUGCGGGUGUGGUUCAAGAACCGGCGCGCCAAGUGGCGGAAGCGCGAGCGCAGCCAGCAGGCGGAGCUGUGCAAGGGCGGCUUCGCGGCUCCGCUCGGGGGCCUGGUGCCGCCCUACGAGGAGGUGUACCCGGGAUACUCGUACGGCAACUGGCCACCCAAGGCUCUCGGCCCGCCGCUCGCAGCCAAGACCUUCCCGUUCGCCUUCAACUCGGUCAACGUGGGGCCUCUGGCUUCUCAGCCCGUCUUCUCCACACCCAGCUCCAUCGCCGCUUCCAUGGUGCCCUCGGCUGCUGCUGCCCCGGGCACCGUGCCGGGGCCCGGGGCCUUGCAGGGCCUGGGUGGGGCACCCCCGGGGCUGGCUCCCGCCGCCGUGUCCUCAGGGGCAGUGUCCUGUCCUUACGCAUCGGCAGCCGCAGCCGCUGCGGCCGCGGCCACCUCCCCCUACGUAUACCGGGACCCGUGUAACUCGAGCCUGGCCAGCCUGCGGCUCAAAGCCAAACAGCACGCCUCUUUCAGCUACCCGGCGGUGCCCGGGCCACCGCCGGCCGCCAACCUCAGUCCGUGCCAGUACGCCGUGGAACGGCCGGUAUGAGCGGAAGGCCCGUGGAGCAUCCCUGAGGGCGGGGCAAUAAUUCACAGUCUCUCCGGACUGAGAUCGUCUAGACUGGCUUGCCCUCACCCAAGGUCUGAAAAAUGGGUGUUUGGGCAGCUGGGUGGUGGCUGGGCUCAGGAGAGAGGGCCCUUCCCUCUCCCAGCCUGGAGGGGUGGAACUGGGCCCUAAACUCAAACCGUGUCCCUGGGACUAAGGGCAGGAACAGGGAUCAGCUCCGGGGGCCAACUCACCCUUGGCCCAUCCAGACUUCCCCUACCCCGUUUU